GAGGGGCAACUUUCCAGUUUCUGCCCUUCUAUAUUGAUCCUGAUGCGCGUUGACGCGCAGCUGUCAGGUCCUCUCUCCUCCAAUCAGCUGGCCCUCUCACUCUGUCGUACGAUGCUCUGAUCACGGUGGCUUGUUUUCAUCGUUUCCCAGUUGCAUCCAGCAGCUCUCUGCUUCGCUCCGCGGAUGAAGAAGGAGCACAGGCAUCCUGGGAAACAACAGUAAUCAUUAUUAUUAUUAUAAUAAUAGUAAUGGACUGCGCACCGCCAGGCUGUCCUACAUCCCGUCCCUGAUUGAUGCUCUUCCCUGCGAGGCUCGGCGCAGACGUUGCAAGGAGGAGCGGCUUUGUCGGAGGACCGAUGGGGCCGCGCAGCCUCUCUCCCCUCUAAAUAAACGGCGUCACAUGCCGCUGGGAAGCGCUUAAUCGCUUCAGAUGAGAGGAGUUGCGGUGAAUGUCGCAUCCCGCAGGAUUUGGAGCAGCGCCUGAGAGCAGCAUGCCCGCAUCACAGGGCGUUUUAUAACGCGUCUGUGUCAUUUUCUCUCGAGUCAAGCUGGUUAGCCUCACUUUGAAGACUCCUGCAGCCAUGGGUGAGGAAAGCCGGCUCUCUCAUCAGAUCCAGAGCGUGGAGAGGAGCGUGGUGUUCCUCAGGCAGGAGCACCUCACUCUGCUCCACGGCCUCCACCUGGAGAUCCUCUCCCUGCAGAAACGCUGCUCAGAGCUGACGAGUGAGAGGAAAUCGAAGCCUCCAGGCAGGACGCAGAUAGAGUUACUGGAGGAAGAGGAGAUGCUGGAGGCCCGCUGCAAGGAGCUGGAAACGCGUCUGGAUGAGCAGGAGUACACUCUGGGAGAGCUCCGGAAGGAGCUGGGCCACAAAGGAGAGCUGGUGGGAGCCCUCAGGGCCAACCUCAAGGAAAAGGAGCGUCACUUCCUGGAGGAACUCAAACGGCGCAGCCACUGCUCCACCGUGCUGAACACGGAGCUUCAGAAGCAGACGGAGGCGGCGGCAUACCUCUCCUUCCAGCUGCACGCCGCCAAGCAGAAGCUGCACCACCAGAGGAUGCAGCAGAGGCAGGGACUCCUGGCCAGAGCCAGCAGCCAGGGGGUCCAGCUGGGAGCCGAGCAGAACUCCCCCCUCACCGGAGCCUCCCCGUCCUCUCCUGUGGUCAAACCCAAGCGUAAGAACAUCAGGAUGUCUUCCAGAGUGGAGCGCGCUCGGGAGUGCGUCCCCAUAGAGAAAGUGCUGGGCCCCGCAGAGCCCACAGCCAUGCCGGACCCGGCGCUCUUCCUGCAGCCUCGCAGGCACAGAGCCCGCUCCAGACACACUGUGGCACAAAGACAGCCUCCCCUGGGCCUGGAGAGGGACGGCCAGGAGGAAGGAGGCGGGGAGGGAGCGGUGGAGGUCCACGACGAUGCAGCCAGACUGAUGUCUUCAGCAGCAGCGCCCCCUGCUGCUCAGACCAACGCAGAUUAGCGUCUGAGCAUCUCUGCUUUCACCCUACAGUGGGACUGCUGUAUGCUAUCUUCCAUCAGACUGUUAAUACUAUUAUCUUUUGCUCUGCACCUUGACUGAAUUAUUACUGAGACUGGUUUUAGCUAUUUAAUUACCGUACACCUACUGCUAAUACUUUUCUAAUAAUCUUUAAUAUAUUCCUAAAAUAACUUGCAUAGCAAACGUCGGUGAGUGUCACGACUUAGGUUUACACUGCUGUUAGACGCUCUGCGUGCUGCAGAGCCUUAAUUUUGAAGCUUUGAUUUGUAAAGACGGUGAGUUUGACCUCGGCCCAGUCAACUGAGAUCUUCCAAGGCCGACUAUAAAUCAGGCUGUGUGUCCCAGUGUUUGUGUCCUCCGACUGAGUCGCAGCUGGAAAUACCUGAGUGGGAGCAGAGCGUGUGUGUGUUUUAAUCACAAUGAGCAGAAUAUAACACAUGGAAAAUGAGAGUUUGUAAUUAUUUUAGAAAUUGUAAGGCCUUUUUUAGCAGACUAUACUGCACAUUCAGAUUUACAACUCUGUUUACCGAAUACCAUUUACUUAAAAUAGUUCAGAAGUAAAAUGUUUAAGCUGAAAAAUGUUAGCAUAACCUUGCAACAGCACAUUUCAUUUCAUAUAUCAAUUUUUUUUUUUCAACCUUUUCUUCUCAGUUGUGUUCAGGCUUGUAGCUCAGGAUACCUUUGUUAAGUUUACAAGUCCAAAGUAAAAAAUAAUUACAUAAAAAAACUCAAAAGUAUUAUUGUUUAAUGCAAUGUCAACCCAAGAUAAAAGCAGAUAUAGUAAAAAUUUCAGGUGUUCAAGUGGAGAUUAAUGUCCAUUUAUUCAUGAAGGAGAAACACGGUUUUUAAAAUAAUGAGCUCUACAGUAAUUGUCUACAACAUAGCAGAAGUGAAUGGAAACAGCUGAAAGUCUAACUUUUCUCCAAAGAACCGGCUCGCGUCAUGUAUCACUACAGUGACCUAAUUGUCAACAAUCUAGUCUGGAGACUCAAAUGUCUAGAGUUUUCUCUCAACACAAAAACUCGUCUGAGUUUUAAAAUAAUCACUUCAAACUUCUGAAGUGAUGUUGAAAGGGCUGGUAAAAUGCCAAUAUGGAAUCUAUCACUAAUUUGGCUCAGACACUGGGGAAAAAAAAGAACUGUGGUUUCAGAUCUUUUUUUUUGUACCAGCAUAAGACAGAUGAGAAGUAAAAACCACUGAAUUUCCAAUAUCUCUCUGUUAUUUCAAAACAUGUCUAUAGCGUGUUAGACUUGCUUUAGGUAAAAUUUAUUGUUUGUCUCUUGAGUUGUAAUUCCAGUUUUUUAUCCACAGACAAAUUAUCGUUUGAAGAAAACUACUUUAAAAAACAAAAAGAAUCAGAUGUAGUUCAAAUCUAUGCAAACAUUUAAAAAUAAUAAAAGUUACUCUUCUAUAUUUAAUAAUAAUUUCUUGCUAUGGAAAAUACUUCAGUUGUGAAGAUUAAAAGCUGAACUUGUG